AUGAGAUCGUCAGCGUGGAAAGGCACGACGCACAACGUGCGGCUCGCGUACGUGUUCACGCUGUUUUUCUGGUCGGCCCGCAGUAUCUUGUUCCAGCAGGUCCUUGCAGGUUACGUCUUUGUGCUCACGCGCUCCACUAAAGCCGUAGGCCUUGUAAAAGGCCUUCAGGGUAUCUCGCAGCUCGUGUUCUCGUUCCCCGGCGGCUACUGCGCCGACCACAGCCGCCGGGACGCAGUGCUAAAGCUCUCGGGCGCUCUCGGACUCGUGGCAGCCGCUACGACGUUCGUCGCCGUCAACCGCACGUCCCUCGAUGGUCUCUACGUGGCGUUUGGGCUCUGGGGACUCUUUGCCGCGCUCCAAAGUCCGGCGCUCGAAGCGCUGUUCGCCGACUCGAUCGCCCCCGGCCGACGCAGUUAUCCGUUCAUGAUCAAGUACAACACGAGCAACUUGGCGCAGAUGCUCGGGCCCGUGCUGAGCAUUGGGCUCUUCUCCGUCUACGGCGACGAGUGGCAGCUGCCCGAGCUGAAGCCCGUGCUGGAGCUCGGCGCGGUCUUAGCGGCCGUGGGGGCGCUGGUCCUGUUCUACUUUGACGACGACCGCGCGAGGGACUACAUGCAGACAGGGCAGCAGCCGCCGCUGGACGAGCAGCCAAUGCAGUUGAACGCGGUGCCGCCGUCGCCUCUCCGCACGCCCAAACUCGUGGGCAAUGGCAAUGAGAUUGAUAUGGUCUACGACUACCCGGACGAAGACGAGCUGGCGGUCGAGCAGCAGCCGACGCCGACUAUGACAGUGUCGGAGAAGACGGUGCUGCUGUCGGUACUCGAGGACAAGACGGGUCACGCGAUGGACAAGGAGCGGCUGCAGCACGGGAUCGACAACGACGACGACGACGAGGGCUACAUGGCCAAUUGGGAGACCACAUUCCUCUGCUUCCGCACGCAACACGUGCCGUACCUCAUCUUCGUGUCGGACUUUAUCAUCAGCAAUGGAGCCGGGAUGACAAUCAACUUUUUCCCCUUGUUUUUCAAGGAGGAGUACGGACUCACGCCCAUUCACAUGUGCGUGCUGUUCAUGACGCAGCCGCUCGUGGUCAUGAUCCUGUCGUUUGCGGCCCAGCGGCUGUCGAGAUCGUGCGGCCGCAUGCCGCUCAUUGCAAUCACACGGACGCUCUCGGUCGCGUGUCUGUUUGCUAUGGCGUUCGCCCAAUCGGCGGCGCUACAGAUUGCGCUGUUCCUGAUGCGCGGCGGGAUGAUGCGCUGCUCGCAACCGCUGCGACGGUCGAUAUUGAUGGACUACGUGCCCAAGAACAUUCGUGCCCGCUGGAACGCGCUCGAAGGACUGUCGGUCUUUUCCUGGUCGGGCAGCGCCGUGCUCGGGGGGUACCUCAUUGACGCGUACGGCUACCGCGUCUGCUUUAUCAUCACGUCCGUCGUCUACUCUCUCGGCCUGAGCCUGGAGAUGUUUCUGCUGCCGCUGACGAAGCACGCGGUCGAGAGGUCGUAG